UGGAUGGGUGCACUGUAGGACGAGGCUUGAUUUCCUCUUUUCCCUCAUUCUGUCCUUUUUCGUGUUUUGGUCUCUUGGUUCUGCGGUAGAUUCUUUUACUCUAGAUUGGCUUGAGACAUGACAAUUUGAGACGAUGAAAAAGCCGCGACUGCUCGCUCCUGCGGCGCAGCAAUUGCUACUCCUCUUCGAAAUCGUGGCAGCAGCAUCCGAUUGCGGUGAUGGAUCCGCGACGACCACAAUAACUAUUGCGAACUCCGGCGAUGCCAGUUCACUGGCGAGUGCGUGCGCGACUAUCGAAGCCUCCGUAUCAAUCGGCGCCGGUGCUGGUGGCGACAUAGAGCUAGAUGGUGUGCAAGUCAUUCGAGGCGAGUUGCAAGUAGAGAGCUGUUCGGCACUCGGAUGCGACGAAGAAACCACGACGAGGAUCUCGAGUUCAACACUUGAGCUCGUAGAUGGCGACGUCAACAUUGCAAAUUUGAGCGGGCUGCAAAACUUAUCGUUUCCCGCCCUCGGGGAAGUUAAAGGGCAAUUCUCCGUCCACGAUCUGGACAGCCUCGAUACGCUCAACCUGAGCGCGUUGAGUUCUGUCGGGAACUUGACCAUCUCAAAUGUUAGACAGCUAUACUACCUCAAGCUUGGUAUCGCGCAGGCCAACAAGGUCUCAGUAACAGGAAACAAACAACUGGUCUUGCAACUAGACGGUACAACCACCAGCGACGACACAAACUCAGGCUUGGUAUCAUAUCUCGAUAUCUCAAGGAUCGGCGAACUGCGCUGGGGCGCCUCGAAUGGCGGUAUUGUCGUCGGUAAUCUUGCCGUGCACGACACCGGGAUUACCGAGCUUCCGUUGCUGUUCUCGAGUGUCCAAAGCCUCGACGUCUGGAACAACGAGGAUCUAACAGAGGUGCUGUUCCCAGCCGACGAGAACGCGCAGACGCGGUUGUUUUCGCAGCUGAAGCAGAUCAGCAUUGGGAACAACGAAAAGUUUAACAUGACGACCAUCCGCAGCGUCGAAUGGAACAGCACGGACAUGCUGAGCUGGGUGUGGCCGAGUGAGAACCUGGACUCGGUAGUGCUGGAUGGGAUCAUACACAUUGCGUUCUUUCAACCCCUGAUCGAUACACAUCAGUAUACCACGCCCAAAAAUGCGGAAUCGAGUGGGUCGCGGGUGGUAAAGAACUUCAACAUCACAUCAUCCGCCUCGACUUUCCAUUGCGAGCCGAUUGACGAGUUGAGGAGACAUGGCGUGUUUCCGGGGAACUACAGUUGUAACGGUGAUCAUGUCGAUAUACCAAACAGUGGUGGUAUCCGAGGUGGAGGACGUUCAAUGAUGAUACAUCUCAUGACGGUCGCGGCAGCUGGACUGCAUGUGCUGUUAUAAUCUGCGGGUCUAAAUUCCUGGGCGUAUUGCCUAUUUUCAGAACGAUGCCACAAAUAUUAAUUUACUUGCAACCACUAGAUGAUUAAAGCGGCAUGCUGCUCAACCCAGGUAAAUUAGUACAUAUACAGUUGACAUUGGGGUGGUAUCUAGCAAUCUCAACUCGAAUGAGCAGGAGACAAUGCUUAGGUAUAACAACGCUGGCCGUUACAAAACCAGUCAUUUCCCAAAACAAUUAAUGCCAGUAAUGCAACCGAUUUUUUCGGGACAUAGUAGUUUUGGAAGGCGAACCAUCUCUUGAUCAAAAGACACAAGCCGCCGCGAUCAGGUAUAGGUGUAAAAAUAAAACCAACUCCGCAACAUCCGGAUAUCAAACCCUGUACAUUCCAUUACCAUACCCCAUACUCCUCUGAACCUAGUUUUCAGUCGCAAAACACACUGACAAUACCUAACGCCUUUUCUCCUCAUAAAUGACAAAGUGAUUUU